AAUGCCUCUUCUUGGUAUAGUGUCUCAGUCAAUGGUUUAUUAUACCCAUUACUUCCUGUUGAAAAGGACUUGUAAAGCCUCAGCGAAAAGGUUUCGAAAUGAUGGUGCCAUAUAUUUCUACAAGGCCUGCAUUGCUUUUGCACUUGGUGCUCUGCUUGUUCCAGUGGUUACAAUCCUUGGAUCAAACUACGUUUCUGUUGGUGAACUGAACCAUGAAAUGGUGAAUGGUACAUCGUGUGGUCCAUUCAAAGACAAGACGCCCUUGGCCAUAUUGAAUGAAAUAUCCAGCAGCAAGGAAAGGUUACCGAAUUGGGUGUUUCUUACCUUGAACUGGUUUACAUCUGCUGCUGUCUUUCCCAGUAUACUGGUACUAAGCAUUAUCGUCUAUGUUCAGACUGUGCGAGUUGCCAAACACAAAAAGAAGUUCAAAGAGUUGCAGAUUGACCAUAAUAAAUUUAAGAUGAAAAGCAAUGCAAGACUUCUCAGAGCAGGUGAAGCUGUUUAGUGCAGGGGUUCUUUCCAAGUCUAGAGCUGCAUCUUGAAGAGAAAGACAAUUGUUACGAUAUUUUGUAACCUCUAGCCUUAUGACAAACAUUAUGUUAAUACAAAAAGUUAUAUAAGGUUACAACAUCUGUAAUUAGUUUAGAAAGAAAUGCAAAUUUUAAAUUUUAUGAAAAUAGUUUUAUUUCAUGCUUA